AUGCACCGCAAUUCGUCCAGCGACGAUGAUGAAGGGGAUACUCCCGAGCUUCCAAGUGUCUACAGUUUCGGUCAGAAUGCGUUCGGGGAGCUAGCGCUGGGCGACACUAUCGACCGUAACAAGCCGACACGCAUUGAUUGUUGCAGUAUCAAUGACCAGAGCAGCGUCACGGACGUCGCUUGUGGCAAUGAGCUAACGGCGUUGUUGUUCGAGAGUGGGGACGUAUUUACAUGCGGUUACAACGAUAGCGGUCAGUGUGCUGUUGGAUCGACGGACCGGGUGCCGGCGCUCCAGCUCUCGCCAGGAUUGAGUUCUCUUGGCACUUCGAGGCUUUUCUCUGGCAAUGGUAGUGAGCACCUUGCAGCUCUGAGCGCAAAUGGACAAUUGUACACUGUCGGGUUUAACGCGAAUGGGCAGCUAGGCAUCGGCUCUGCAAAAAAUGUAGAAGAGCCUACGCUUGUGGGUGAAUUGGUGAGCAAACGCGUCGUUGUGGCUGCCUGCAGCUACUUUCACACGACAGUUGUGACGGACAGUGGUGAGCUGUACGCAUGCGGUUGCAAUGAGUACGGGCAGCUUGGAUCGAGUGAUAGCGAUGGUCAGCUUGUACCUCGAUCUGUUGGAUACUUUUCACGGCAUCCGGUUCUAGCAGUUGCGUGCGGCCAGCAUUUUACAGUCGCGUCACUAAAAGAAGGAGGUGUCGUAGCGUUUGGAAAAAACGACCACGGCCAACUCGGUAUUGGUCGUACAUCCGAGCCGGUAUUUCACCCGACACGCUUAGCUUCGCCCCUGGAUAAAGCAAUGGUACCCCAAAUUUCGUGUGGGUAUCAUCAUACCGCUGUUAUCACGGAGGACGGUGCUGUGUAUACUUUUGGCCGUAACGACUACGGUCAGCUCGGUCUUGGGCACAAACUACACAUGGCCCGACCAACAGUUGUGGAAAGCUUGUCACGCGUCAGGGUAGUCCAGGUUGCCUGUGGCUGCUAUCAUACAUUGGUGCUUUCGGACGCCGGCAAAGUAUUCCCGUUUGGUCGUAACAAUCAUGGUCAGCUUGGAUUGGAAACAUCAAUGGAUUGUCUAAGCCCUCAGCUUAUCUCGUCCUUGCAGAACAAAGUGGUCGUUAAGAUCGCUGCUGGGUUUUACCAUUCAGUUUGUCUAGUGAAGACAUCUGAAGGGGCGAAGUCAUUGGGAAAAGGCACCGAAACACUGAGCGCAGACUUGAGCAAGAUGCUGAACAAUCCAACUCGAAGCGACGUCGUUUUCGUGGUAGAAGAUCGUCGCUUUUUCGCACAUGGCUGCAUUCUGGCAGCUCGUUGUGAGCCACUCGAGAAAAUGCUAGACGGUCGAACAAAGGACGGGCUGCAGCCGGCGAUUGUUAUCCCCGAGUAUUCGUUUGAUGUUUUCGCUGCUCUGAUGGAGUUUUUGUACACUGACCAAGUAGCUGCUCUGGCUGCACGGGAUCUGACGGCAGAAUUUGCGCUAGAGCUGCAUGGUUUAGCCGAUCAGUACCUGGUUGCCAACCUUCGAAGCUUGUGUGAGAACGCAUUGCUAAGGAUUUUAUCAGUGGAGAACGUUGUCAUUGUGAUGGAGUCAGCGCAUUUUCGUAGUGCUUUCACCUUGAAAAAGCGUUGCGCACGCUUCAUUGUGGACCAUUAUAAUCGCAUCUGUGCAACGGAGGCUUUCGCUGGACUUCCACAAGCCUUGCUAGACGAGGUGCUGCUUCUAGCAUCUCACCAAGGUGUAGCAAAGUCCAAUCAAGCUGAUGAUGGCACUUGCAAAAGAUGA